GUCAACUGAUAUAAACUAGUUUAAAUCCAGAUAAAACAGCGCUGAAAAAACAGCAGAAAAACACUGUGUGCAACGAUACAGUCAGAAGGCUUUUCGAUCUACAAAUCGCCAUCGUUUACCAGGGAUUUACGUCUAUUAUAGCAUUUCUAUAAAGACUGCACCAUCAUGCUGUUCAUACUCCUUGCUGUCUUUGGCCUUUUGUCCUCCACUUCAAGCCAAAUAUCUCACCAGUAUCACUUCAUAAAUAUCAGAAAGAACUGGACUGAGGCUCAGAGAUUCUGCCGUGAAAUGUACACUGACCUGGCAACUGUGAAAAAUGAAUAUGAGAUGAACCGCUUGUUCAAAACCAUAACUGAUUAUUCAUAUGAUGUGUACAUUGGACUUUAUCGAGGUAAAGUGUUCAGAUGGCACUGGACCCUGCCAGACAGUUUCUACAACAAAGAGAUAUUCCAAAACUUGAAAAACAGCCAACUGAGCAUAAAAAAUAAUGAUGGCUGUGCUGCAUUGGAGGACAAUUGGAAAUUGCAUGAAAUUAGCUGUGACUUACAAAUGCACUUUUUAUGCUUUAAUGCACGAAACAACCAGCAUAUCUUGAUUCAGGAGAACAAAUCCUGGAGGGAGGCUCAAGAAUAUUGCAGAACCUUCAACACAGUUUCAGAUUACGCCAGCAACAUAUCAAAAAAUCACAUUGUAAUUCAGCCGAUUUUCUCAAAUACAAAAUCACAAAAAAAUGUGUGGAUUGGACUAUUUAAAGACUCUUGGUCGUGGUCAGAUCAGAGCAACUCUUCAUUUCGUUUCUGGAAUUUCAACCUGCUGAAACCCAUCGACAGACACCACAACUGUACUGUAGUGAUGGUGAACCAAACAGGGAGAUGGAAUGACAUCCAAUGUAACACCACUCUGCCAUUCAUCUGCCAUGGUGAUCAGAAACCAACCACUAAAUCAGUGACAACAGCCAAACAGAUUCCAAAUACAUCUCUCAAAACUAAUCCUGGACCAGCAACAACACAGCACAGACCACCACAAAACACAACCAAUAGGGAAAAUACAAGCAGUCAAAAAACACAAAUAAUUACUGCAGGUUCAGAGCAAGGGUGUCAUUUCCAUGAAUGCUGCACCAUCAUGCUGUUCAUACUCCUUGCUGGCUUAGGGCUUUUGUCAUUCACUUCAAGCCAAAUAUCUUACAAGUAUCAUUUCAUAAAUAUCAGAAAGAACUGGACCGAGGCUCAGAGAUUUUGCCGUGAGAUGUACACUGACCUGGCGACUGUGAAAAAUGCAAAAGAGUUGAAUGACUUGCUCACAACCAUAACUGAUGGUUCAUACAAUGUGUAUAUAGGACUUCAUAGAAGUGAUGUAUUCAAAUGGCACUGGACCCUGUCAGACAGUUUCUACAAUGGAGAGAUAUUCAAAAACAGAAGAAAUAUAACUAAUAAUGGGGGCUGUGCUGCAAUGGACAACAACUGGAAAUGGUUUAAUGAUCAUUGUGACUCACAAAAGCAAUUUGUAUGCCUUAAUGCCAAUAAAAAGUAUAUCCUGAUUGAGGAGUACAAAUCCUGGAGGGAGGCCCAAGAAUAUUGCAGAACCUUCCACACAGAUUUAGCCAAUGUCAGAACCUGCACAAAAAAUAAUGUCAGUGGCGUAUGGAUUGGACUAUUUAAAGACUCUUGGUCGUGGUCAGAUCAGAGCAACUCUUCAUUUUGUUUCUGGAAUUUCAACCUGCUGAAACCCAUCGACAGACACCACAACUGUACUGUAGUGAUGGUGAACCAAACAGGGAGAUGGAAUGACAUCCAAUGUAACACCACUCUGCCAUUCAUCUGCCAUGGUGAUUUUAAACCAACCACUAAACCAGCACCAACAACCAGACAGAAUCCAAGAACAUCUCUCAAAUCUAUUCCUGGAUCAGCAAAAACACAGUACAGACUACUUCAAAACACAACCGAUGUGGAAAAUACAAGCAGUCAGGCAACACAAAUACUCACUACAGGUGCAGAGCAAGAUAACCUGAUUCUGGUCCGUGAGAACCUGACGUGGACUGAAGCUGCGAGUUACUGCAGAAAGCACCACGUGGACCUGGUCUCCAUUCACAGUGAGGAGCUUCAGAACAGGGCAGCAAGAAAAUCCAUCCAGGCCUCCACUUCUCAUGUAUGGCUGGGUUUCCGUUACACCUGCACCUUCAACUUCUGGUUCUGGAUAAAGAACAGAGAAGCAGGCUGCUACCAGAACUGGGCGCCUGGUCAUGGGCCACAUGGGUAUGAGGAGUGUGGGCUGUCAGGAGCUAUGGAGUCCACUGGGGGGCACCGUUGGGUCGGGAGGCCAGAGAGUGAAAGAUUCAAUUUUAUCUGCCAGUUAUGUACUGAUGUGUUCUAACCACUAAAACAGGAGAGACUGAAUGACUGAGAGACAGAUUUAUAUUGUGUUAUGUUAUGUUAAUUGUAUCAGGUACUAAAAUGUGAUCUAUGUGAAACCUUAACAGGACAAGACACUUUACAUUAAUAAAACCUGACGGUGGUGACAUAGGUACAUGGUAUAACUUGGAAUAUAUAUAUAUAUAUCGUAAUACCGUAAAUAUCUCAGAACUUAUAAUAUCUUAAACACAAAGUUGUGCAUCAUAGUGAAUCUCUCUUGUAGUUGUGUCAUCAUGCAAAUCACUGGUAUCAUUGGUAAAAGAUCAUGUAUUUUUGGACCAAUAUUCACUGUGAAAAGUGCUUUACAACUUAUUAAAAAAAAUGAACUUAAAAAAAAAUGUUAAAUAACAAUAUCCAUUAAAAAUAUGGGCUUCUA